AUGGCUGUCUCCUUGCCACCAACCCUGAGACUCAGUUCUGGCCCGGAUGAUAUUCAACACCCACACAUCAAAUUUUCUGAGUGGAAAUUUAAGCUGUUCAGGGUGAGAUCCUUUGAAAAGGCACCUGAAGAAGCAAAAAAGGAGAAGGAUUCUUCAGAGGGAAAGCCUCAUCUAGAGCAGUCUCCAGUGGUUCCAGAUAAACCUGGUAGUCAGAAUUCAGCUCUGACUCAACGACCAUUGAAACUCCAUCCUAAAUUUUCAAAGAAAUUCCAUGCUGAUGGGAAGUCAAGCGACAAAGCAAUUCACCAAGCCAGGCUUAGACACUUGUGCCGCAUCUGUGGGAAUCCUUUCAAGAGCGAUGGGCACAACCGGAGAUACCCAGUCCACGGGCCCGUGGAUGCUAAAACCCAAAGCCUUUUCCGAAAGAAGGAAAGAAGAGUCACUUCCUGGCCAGACCUCAUUGCCAGGGCCUUCCAGAUUGAUGUGAAGGGAGAUGUCGACUCUAUUCAUCCCACUGAGUUCUGCCACAACUGUUGGAUCAUGAUGUACAGAAAGUUCAGCAGUGCCCACUGCCAGGUCUACUUUCCAAGGAUCACGACUGUAGAGUGGCACCCCCACACACCGUCCUGUGACAUCUGCCUCACUGCCCGUCAGGGACUCAAGAGGAAGAGGCAACAGCCCAAUGUGCAUCUCAGCAAGAAAUUAAAAACUGUGCUCAGUCACUCCAGACGAGAACGUCGCAAGAGAGCUCAGGCUAGGGUCCACAGCAAGGAAGUCAUGAAGAAGAUCUCCAACUGCAGUAAGAUUCACCUCAGCACCAAGCUUCUCUCAGUGGACUUCCCAGCACACUUUGUGAAGUCCAUCUCCUGCCAGAUCUGUGAACACAUUCUGGCUGACCCUGUGGAGACCAGCUGUAAGCACCUGUUUUGCAGGAUCUGCAUUCUACGAUGCCUCAAAGUCAUGGGCAGCUAUUGUCCCUCUUGCCGUUAUCCAUGCUUCCCUACUGACCUGGAGGCUCCAGUGAAGUCCUUUCUGAGCAUCCUGAAUUCUCUGAUGGUAAAGUGUCCUGCACAAGAGUGCAACGAGCAAGUGAGUCUGGAAAAAUACAACCACCAUGUCUCCAGCCACAAAGAGUCUAAAGAGACUUUGGUGCAUAUUAAUAAAGGGGGCCGGCCUCGUCAGCAUCUCCUGUCACUGACACGAAGGGCCCAGAAACACCGGCUGAGAGAGCUCAAGAUUCAAGUCAAAGAGUUUGCCGACAAAGAAGAAGGUGGAGACGUGAAGGCUGUGUGCCUGACGUUGUUCCUGCUGGCGCUGAGGGCGAGAAAUGAGCACAGACAAGCCGAUGAGCUAGAGGCCAUCAUGCAAGGCAAGGGCUCCGGUCUGCAGCCAGCUGUGUGCUUGGCCAUCCGUGUCAACACCUUCCUCAGCUGCAGCCAAUACCAUAAGAUGUACAGGACUGUGAAAGCCAUCACGGGGAGGCAGAUUUUUCAGCCUUUGCAUGCUCUUCGGAAUGCUGAGAAAGUCCUUCUGCCGGGCUACCACCCCUUUGAGUGGCAGCCCCCUCUGAAGAAUGUGUCCUCCAGAACUGACGUUGGCAUCAUCGAUGGGCUGUCUGGGCUUGCUUCCUCCGUGGAUGAAUACCCAGUGGACACGAUUGCAAAGAGGUUCCGCUAUGACUCUGCUUUGGUUUCGGCUUUGAUGGACAUGGAAGAAGACAUCUUGGAAGGCAUGAGAUCCCAAGAUCUUGAUGACUACCUGACCGGUCCCUUCACAGUAGUGGUAAAAGAGUCUUGUGACGGAAUGGGGGAUGUGAGCGAGAAGCAUGGGAGUGGCCCCGCAGUUCCGGAAAAGGCGGUUCGUUUCUCAUUCACAGUCAUGAGAAUUACGAUAGAGCAUGGCUCGCAGAAUGUGAAGGUCUUCGAGGAAUCCAAGCCCAAUUCUGAACUGUGUUGCAAGCCGUUGUGUCUUAUGCUGGCGGAUGAGUCUGACCACGAGACCCUGACUGCUAUCCUAAGCCCUCUCAUUGCUGAAAGGGAAGCCAUGAAGAGCAGUGAAUUAAUGCUGGAGAUGGGAGGCAUCCUCAGGACUUUCAAGUUCAUCUUCAGGGGCACUGGAUAUGAUGAGAAGCUUGUCCGGGAAGUAGAAGGCUUGGAGGCUUCCGGCUCAGUCUACAUCUGUACCCUUUGUGACGCCACCCGUCUGGAAGCCUCUCAAAACCUUGUCUUCCACUCCAUAACCAGAAGCCACGCUGAGAACCUGGAACGCUAUGAGGUCUGGAGGUCCAAUCCGUAUCACGAGUCGGUGGAGGAACUCCGGGACCGGGUGAAAGGUGUUUCCGCUAAACCUUUCAUCGAGACAGUCCCUUCCAUCGAUGCGCUUCACUGUGACAUUGGCAAUGCGGCUGAAUUCUACAAGAUUUUCCAGCUGGAGAUAGGGGAAGUGUACAAAAACCCCAACGCCUCUAAAGUGGAAAGAAAGAGAUGGCAGGCCACACUGGACAAACAUCUCCGGAAAAGGAUGAACCUAAAACCAAUCAUGAGGAUGAAUGGCAACUUUGCCCGGCGGCUUAUGACCCAAGAGACUGUAGACGCAGUCUGUGAGUUGAUUCCUUCUGAGGAGAGGCAUGAAGCUCUCAGGGAGCUGAUGGCCCUUUACCUGAAGAUGAAACCCGUGUGGCGUUCAUCAUGCCCUGCUAAAGAAUGUCCAGAGUCCCUGUGCCAGUAUAGUUUCAACUCACAGCGUUUUGCUGAGCUUCUUUCUACCAAGUUUAAAUAUAGAUACGAGGGCAAAAUCACUAAUUAUUUUCACAAAACCCUGGCACACGUCCCUGAAAUUAUUGAGAGGGAUGGUUCUAUCGGGGCAUGGGCAAGUGAGGGAAAUGAAUCUGGUAAUAAAUUGUUUAGACGCUUCCGGAAAAUGAAUGCCAGACAGUCCAAAUGCUAUGAGAUGGAAGAUGUCCUUAAGCAUCACUGGCUAUACACUUCAAAAUACCUCCAGAAGUUUAUGAAUGCUCACAAUGCAUUAAAAAGCUCUGGGUUUACCACGAACUCAAAGGAGGUAUUAGGGGACCCACUGGGCAUUGAGGACUCUCUGGAAAUCCAAGAUUCAAUGGAGUUCUAA